UAGAAAACUUCUGUUGAUGCUGUAGUUGAGUGACUAGCUGGGUUCAGUACCUAGUUCCAUUAUAAGCGCAGCCGUUCGUCAUGACACUCCACACCACAGCAAACAAACCUGCCACCUUUCACUGAACACCAGACAAAGCAGCCCCUCAAUCGCCAGUUCCGCAGUUCGGCCCAGUGCCCCGCCGUCUUCGCGGCCAUGUCCACUCCGGGUGCUCGCGGGUACUGGAGCGACGGCGAGACGUCGGCUCUGGUUGAGGCGUGGGGCCAGCUGCACGUCGGCCGCAUCCGAGGCCCGGUCCGUGACGCCGAGUGGCGGCAGGUGUGCAGCGCCGUCAACGCCCACCGCGCAGCCGCCGGACACCGCUUCGACCGCAGCAUCGCUCAGUGUCAGUGGCGCAUGUACUCCUUCAAGUCGCAGUACAAGAAGGAGCUCGCCAAGGGACAGCCGACGUCGGGGUGGCGCCACUUCGCCCAGCUCCGGACCAUCCUGGCCGGCCCCGACGACGGCCUGCCUCCCAGUUUCGCCGCCAAGAUGCCGGCGGCUUCCGUCGUCAAGGAGGAGGCGAUGGUGGAGGAUGUGGAAGAAAAGGAGGAGGAGGCGAUGGUGGAGGAGGUGGAAGAAAAGGAGGAGGCGAGUGGCGGUGCGAGUGGGUCGGUCGGGAGGAAGACAGUUCCGGCGAAGCGCCACUUCUCCAGCCUCGAGGACAUCCUGGACAGAUCGGGCGGGCCGCCUCCCGGCUUCCCGCCCAGGAUGCCGGCGACUGCCAAGAAGGCCAAGAAGGAGGAGGUGAAAGAUGAGCAUGGGGCGCCGAGCGCGGAUUGGUUGCCGGGGGCCGUGGUGACGAAGCUAGCGGAGAUGUACUGGAGCGUGGAGAUACAGAGGCUCCGCGUGGAGAUGGAGAGGCUCCGCGUGGCGAAGGAGACGAUGGCGAUGGAGAGGGAGAGGGAGAGGAGAGCCGCGAAGGUGGAGGACGAGAAGCUGGGAGAAACCGACGAGGCAACGAUGACUGACUAACUUCCGGCCGGGAUUUCAUCUGCCGGCGAUGGGAGAACAGAAAACAGUAGUGUAGGAAGUCUGAAGUAGCUAGAGUAGUGUUGCUUCAUGUAUCUUGUUUUAAUUACGCUUAGUUAGUUCUGCUGCCGCUGACUGACAGACAGCACUGUACCGCAUCUACUAUGUACUGUACUAGUAGUAGUUCAUUAGUAAUCAAAUUGUGUACCCCAGAGAUUUUA